AGAAUAGAUAGAAAAAAGAAAAGAAGAAGAAAAAGCAAAGAAAGGCACACACAGAGAAACAAUCUCAGAGAAAAGAGAGAUAGAGAGAGAAGAAGAAGAAGUUGCAGAAACCCAAAAAUUUCAAGAUUUGAUCGUCUCUCUCCACAAUCUCUCUAAAGAACAGAAUUCUUAUUUUGUAUUUCAUCCAUUAUUACUAUUCAUAUACAAAAUAUCAUUUUUGUUUUUAAAUAAAAUUAAAUUUAAAUACCUUAUUUAUUUGAUUAUUGACCAGUCACCCUUUCUCUUUAUUUGGUUUCCCCUGUUGUUGUUGUUGUUGUUGUUUUCUCUUUCUUUUUUACCAUUUUCCCUCUCCUCCUCUUCCGUGUCUGCUUCCUUUCCUUUCUUAGAUCUGAAAAAAAAAAGAACUUAAUUAAAUUUAAUUCCCAGCAAGCACCAAUACCUGUCACCAAACGGCGUCACAGAUCCAAUUUAUAGAAAGAUCUAUGGAUGAUGAUUUCAAUGGUUUAUUAAGCCGUGACUUCGGUUUCAAACCUCAAGGUAAAUCUGCUCCCAUGGCACCACCUCGCAGCAGCAGCAGCAACAACAACAGCAGCAGCUUCUCUUCCGUGGAUUUUGGUCUCGGAUCCGGUGCUGUUCCUACCAAAUCUGCUCCUAUUUUUGAUGAUCAUCAUCAUCAUCAUCGCGGCGGUAGUGACGGACUUUCGUUUAGUGAUGUGUUCGGUGGGCCGCCUAAGCGAUCAUUUGAUUAUGACUCGGUUUUUAAGGACCAGCAGAGUAAAACGUCGUCGUUGCCGGUUUUUGACAAGCCAGUCUAUGACGACGACGAUGAUAUAUUUGAUGGAUUGCCAGGGUUGAAGAGUACAUCUGUGACUCCAAACUCGUCUAACUUUGAUGAUGUGUUUGGUUCGAUCGGGACGACUACCACUACUGCUACUUCGCCGCCUAAAACUAGGUCGCUAAAUAAUAACACUUCCUCGUCGUCGCCAUUUGACGAUCUCUUAGGCAAUUUUGGUAAAUUAGAGACCGAAUCGAAGAGAGAGACUACUCCUGAAGUGGAGAAGGAUUCUGCUAUGUUUGAUGAUUUGCUUCCUGGUUUUGGUCGCAGUAGCUCCCCUAGUAUUGCCAGAUCAACUUCAGAGUCUACUCGGGCCCAAAAAUCAUCUACAAAUUCAGUGAAGACAGCUUCCAAUAUGAUGGAAGACCCCUUUGUGAUCUUACAGUCAACUUCAACGCCUGCAGCUUCAUCCUCAGGGUUGUAUACAGAUCCGUUGGACGAAAUUAGUAAAUUCAGAAGCACUGGAAGCACAAAGGUUGAUAGUUCAUCAGUUAAUAGGGGAAUAUUUGAUGAUAUAGACUCUUUUGAUAAUCUUGGAAAAUCUGUUCCUCCAGUUUCAUCGGGAAUCAAUAAGAGAGGAAAAGAUAGGAGCCCUUUAAGAACAGGACCAAGCACAGGGGGCAAUUUUUCUGCUGCUAGUAAUGAGUCGGUUGACAAAUAUCCUGUGGAUGAAGCUGCAGCUCCCUCACAGAAGAAGAUGUCUAAUGAUGAUUUCCAAGAAUAUCAUGAAACCUUGUUUGAUAUGCCUAAUGCUACAACUGAUUUUCAUAGAUCCGUUGGUCAAAAUGUCUCUUCUCCUUCAUAUGUAAAUGCUAGUCCUAACGAGACAAAUUCACCUCCUAGAUAUGAAGAUAUUUCUGAAUCAUCCAAUGAUAUAUGGCUUACUGUAUCUGAAGUUCCUCUUUUUACUGCACCAACCAGUGCUCCACCCCCUUCAAGACCCCCACCUCCUAGACCACCUCGGAUUUCAAAGACAGAUACAGGUUCUUUUUCAUCAACAAACUCUAGGAAGAAGGUGAAUGAAUAUUCGUUCUCAAAUUCUGCUUCCUACUCUCAAAGCCCUAGAUCAGCACGUGCAGGUAGAAGCAUGGUGCCUACUCAAAUAGAAGAACUUGAAGAUUUUGCUAUGGGUAGAACCCCAACCAAUGCUAGCGAACAUGCAGAUGUUGUUUAUGGGGAAGAUAUGGAUGCGAAUGCAUCUUCUGCUGCAGCAUCUGCUGCUGCAAUGAAGGAGGCCAUGGAUAAAGCAGAGGCUAAAUUCAAGCAAAUGAGAGAGAGAGAAUAUCUAAAGGCUGCUAGAAGUAGAGAAGGUGGUCAACUAGAUAAAGAUAUGCAAGAAGCUCAGCCGAGAGAAUUAAGAGAAAGACAAGAGAGAUUGGAUCGUGAAAGGUUGCAAAGGGAAAGGGAGGAGCAAGAGAGAGAACAGAGGAGACUUGAGAAAGAGAGGGAGAGAGCACAUGAAAUUGAGAGGGAAAGAGAGGAGAAAGAAAGAGAGCAGAGGAGGCUUGAGAGAGAGAGAGAGCGAGCAAGGGAGAUUGAGAGGGAAAGGGAAAAGGCCAGACAAGCAGUAGAAAGGGCUACUAGAGAAGCACGUGAAAGAGCAGCAGCCGAUGCACGCCUAAAAGCUGAAAGGGCUGCUGUAGAAAAGGCAUCUGCUGAAGCUCGAGAGAGAGCAGAAAGGGCUGCAGUUCAGAGGGCACAAGCUGAAGCCCGUGAAAGGGCAGCAGCAGAGGCAAGAGAAAGAGCCGAAAGGGCUGCUGCAGAAGCAAGAGAAAGGGCGAACACAGAAUCAAGGGAGAGAGCUGCUGUUGCAAGGGCUGAAGCUGAUGCAAGACAGAGAGCAGAACGAGCUGCUGUCGAAAGGGCUGCAGCAGAAGCUCGAGAAAGGGCAGCUGCUGCGGCUAGAGCAAACCAACAAAAGAAUGAAAAUGAUUUUGAAUCUUUCUUCAAUCCUCGAGCAAGCAGUGCACCUAGGCCUAGGAACACUUCGGAGCCUUUCUUUGAUACCCAGACUAAGGGAGGGUCUGAAGCUGCCAGAAGGACAUCUGUUGGAACUACCCCUAACAUGAAGAAAGCAUCUUCAACUACAAAUAUCGUUGAUGAUCUAUCUUCAAUUUUUGGAGGGACUGCAACUGGGACAUCCGGAGACUUCCAAGAGGUUGAAGGGGAGACUGAAGAAAGGCGAAGAGCUCGGUUGGAACGCCAUCAAAGGACUCAGGAGAGGGCGGCAAAAGCUCUGGCUGAGAAGAAUCAACGGGACCUUCAAGCUCAGAGAGAACAAGCAGAGAGACAUAGAAUUGCCGAAACAUUGGAUGUGGAGAUCAAGCGUUGGGCUGCAGGGAAAGAGGGGAAUCUACGUGCUCUGCUCUCAACAUUGCAAUAUGUGCUGUGGCCUGAAUGCGGUUGGCAGCCUGUUUCAUUGACCGAUUUGAUUACUGGUGCCGCUGUUAAAAAAGUUUAUAGGAAGGCAACUUUAUGCAUCCAUCCUGAUAAAGUGCAACAAAAAGGUGCCAAUCUCCAACAAAAAUAUAUUGCCGAGAAGGUGUUUGACUUGCUGAAGGAAGCAUGGAACAAGUUCAACUCUGAGGAGCUAUUUUGAGUUCAAUACAGUGAAUAUUUUGCGUCGAACUACUUGAUUUGGCCUAUUACACUAUUCAUUGGGAGUGGGAAAUGCGCAACUGUUCCAGCAAAUGUAUUCUCAUGUAUGUCGCCGACGGUAUUGCAUCAUUUACGCUUGCUUGAUGGGAGUCGUGCGGAGGAGAUUUUUUCUAAUGCAACUGUUGAGAUGCCCAAGUGUGAAAUAUUCUCCUGUAGUUCUGGUUGUAAACCGAAUACCGCCUGCAUAGAGCACCUGAAAGCUGGAAUUUCUGCUCCCUGUAGAGUAUCAUCCUGCAUACCCCCAUUUGCAUUAGAUAAAGGGGGGGCUUUUUUUGUGUCAAUUCUUUCCUAUAGUUAUAUAUAUAUAUAUAUAUAUAUAUAUAUUUUUUUUUUGUGGGUUUUCCUUUCGGCGGUAGAGCAUGAUAUGUUGAUCGGAUACAAAUGUCUAUUGAUAUGAAAAUGACCUUUAUUGGCUUUGUAUGAUUGUUGGGCUGAUAAUUCUGAGCUGUAAGUCUCAUACAUAAAUAUAUAUUUUUUUCCUUCCA